UCUACUGAAUUACAGAGAAGUAGCUACAGCCCCAAGGAGAGGUGCUACUGCUGCUUGUGCACAGCACGGCCUGGGAGGGUUUAUCAGCCACAUACUGUCAUUAUUCACGGUGCAGUUUGCCUUGCCAUGGCUGAGCAUGGCAGCUCAUAACCACAAAGGCCAGAGAAGUUAAAGGGUUUUGUUGUGACCUCUGUCUCUGGCACUGGAUUGGGGAAGCAAACACGCUCAGCUGGAUGUACUAGCGUUGCAUCUGAGAGCUGACGCAGGAGAUGUAGGAUUUCUGAGUCUGUGGGCAAGGAAUCCUUUUACAGGGCCCAGUUACAAUGAGAACUGAUAGCAGGUUUAUCUUCUAUGAGGACGUGUAUCUUUUGCUGAGUAUUCUUACCAACAGGAGUAUUGAUUGUCCCUUCAUGCUAGUUUCCCUCCAUGCAUCUUGUCUUAGACACAAUUCCAGGCCCCCAUUUGGAAUGAGUCAAUUUAAGGAAUAUACCUUGUCUGUGCCUCCUUUUAACAAGUAGCAGUUGGAGUUGGCCAGGCCAUUUGGAUUUUACACACUUCCAGCAAAGGGGUCAUCUGUCUAGAUGAGCUGUGAAUUUCAAACUCUCCCGAUCCAAUCAGCUAGUGGUAUCUUUUGAGUCAAGCCUCCGUCAGUCUAUGCUCAGUGCAGGAAUUGGGCUGCUGGACCAGGCCAUUGUUUCCUGCCUCAAACGUGGCCACACCCGGAUGCUUCAGAGCAAGGUGAAGCUCCUUCCAUCCCAACUGCGCUGAGCCGUGCAGUGCACUGGGGCUGAGUGGAAAAGAUGUUCCUGUCCGGCUCCCCGCUCUGGAUAUUAUUAAGCUACAUGCUGCUUUCUCACUGGAGUCUGGUUUGUUCUUUAAGACUCAAUCAUUUCAUUUUCUGUCUUGUUCAGGAGUCCGUCUUGGUCACCUCUACUUCCACCAUCACACCUCCUGCAAGUACUAGCACAAAUGUUCAAUCAGGUCUUUCUGCUACGGUAAAUCCCUUGGUGUUAGGACUAGCAGCAGGGAUACCCAGCAUUGUGGCCCUGGUCCUCGGAAUCAUACUGGCUGUGACUUGCAUUCGACAAAGGACACGCUGCAGCUGUAAUAAGGCCAAGCAGAAUCAAGAGGUGCCUGAAGAAUGCAAAUAUGAACAGACCAUUCCAAGGCUUCCGAAAGUCUCCUGUGUGUCCAUGAUGAAGGAGCCAACAAAUGCUUAUGAAAACGAGGAUCAAAAACCACCCCGCAGGCUACCAGCGCCCAUCCCCAGAAAAUCCAACUGGGCGAGGAAUAUAAAGCAGGACGCUGGUCGUACAGGACGGAAAUCCUCGCAAGUAAGUCUGGAGGCAGUCUACGAAACUUGCGUACCUUCCCCCAUAAUCGAGAAGAGGGAAAAGCGUAUGGGUUGGAACUGAAAUCAACUGGCCAUAUGCUCUGCUUGGACGCACCCACCAACGCAGCUCCACUGCUGUUUAAAAGAGGGUAAUUGGGCCUUUUGUGUUUGUGAAUAUUUGGACUGACACAGAACAAAGAGAAAGCAGAUGAAGGAGGACUAUGUCUGGAUUGAUGCUUUCAGGACGCCGAAGCAAAGUGCCCCCAGCCAUCCACAAGCGAUAACUUUGCUUAUCUGUCAAAUUUUAAUGGCAUUUGAGUUGAUUCACUCUAAUCAAGAGCAGCUUACCCUUUGUAGUGACACUGUGGAUAGAAAAGCUCUGCCACAUGCACUAUAUUCUAUUCUUCCCCGUUUCUCCAAAGGAUCUGGUAAAUACGCUAAUAGUCUUAGCCCGUGUGCUAUAAAAUCAUCUCUCAUGUGACAUGUUGUUUAUUGCUUAGAGCAGGAACAGUGUCAGGACGAAUGAACUAAUCCUCGGUCUCAGCAACCCAGCCCUUUCCAAUUAAGACCUCGCUUGUCCCCACUCUCCCCCACUCCCUCAGAGUUUGUAAGGCUUACGGAGUUUCAGGGAUUCCUCUCACAAAUUCUUUCCAGACUCUCCUAAAUGAAUGCAAUAAAUGUUUACACAAGCACAUUGCAUAAAGUCCUCAGUACAAAUCAAUGCAUAACUCGUCCCCCUUCUGUAUUCAAACCAGACACCCAAGUAGAAGGCACUUUGACAUGGAGGAAUUUCCAAAUUCUUAUUGAAAUCCAAUCCUCUUUAUUUCCAAACUUUCUGGAAACUGUGAGCCAUAUCUCGGCUGGUGUAAAUCAGCAUUGCUCCAUUGAACUCAGAGCAACUCCAGUUUAUGCCAGCUGAGGAUCUGGCCUUGCAAUUGCAAGUAACUAAUUGAUCUUGGAUUUCCAAACAGUUGGUGGCUCAAGAAGGCAAAACUCUAUUUAACUCAAAGGGUUCUCAGCCUGGAUCUCAUGAACAGGUGUCGGGAGGCUCUGACAGCAGGCUCUUCUCAUGGGGCUAAAUGGGAGGAGGAUCCAAGCUAAAUCCCAGGGAGAGAUUCUCAGUUCGCAGGGGUGGGAACUGAUAUGGAAAAGGAAUCAUGCUGUAGCAAAGGUUGAGAACCUGCUGCUUUAACUCAUUGAUUAAAAAAAUCAUGUAUGUUAAUAUGCCUUAUUAAAUGUGGUUAUCAACAUAACAUAUA